AUGCUGGGUCCUGCUGGAAGACCCGGCCUUCCGGGGGACAAAGGUGCCAUUGGGAUGCCUGGACGUGUGGGAGGAAAGGGCCAACCAGGCGAGAAGGGCGCCCCAGGAGAUGCCGGGAUGUCCAUCAUCGGUCCCCGCGGCCCCCCUGGUCAGCCGGGCACUCGAGGUUUUCCUGGAUUUCCGGGUCCCAUUGGGCUUGACGGCAAACCGGGCCGCCCCGGACCAAAAGGGGAGAUGGGACCUCCAGGACAAAAAGGAGAAAAGGGUCAGUGUGGAGAGUACCCACACCGGCUGCUGCCUCUCCUCAAUUCAGUGCGGCUGGCUCCACCCCCAGUCAUUAAAAGGCGGACCUUCCAGGGUGAACAGGGCCAGACUGGCAUCCAAGGGCCACCAGGCCCUCCUGGACCGAGUGGACCUCUGGGGCACCCAGGACUGCCAGGGCCCAUGGGGCCACCCGGCUUACCUGGGCCUCCUGGACCAAAGGGAGACCCGGGGAUCCAGGGCUACCACGGCCGGAAGGGAGAACGGGGCAUGCCAGGGAUGCCGGGCAAACACGGAGCAAAGGGGGCUCCUGGAAUCGCUGUGGCCGGGAUGAAGGGUGAGCCUGGGAUCCCAGGAGCCAAGGGUGAGAAGGGGGCUUCGGGCCCCCCUGGGCUGCUCGGCCUCCUAGGGCAGAAGGGAGAAAAAGGUGAUGCCGGCAACUCCAUUGGAGGGGGCAGAGGGGAGCCUGGGCCCCCAGGGCUCCCUGGGCUCCCAGGGCCAAAGGGGGAAGCUGGAGCUGAUGGCCAGGCGGGCACCCCAGGACGGCAAGGAGACAAGGGGGAGCCUGGAGCAGCUGGAGAGCAGGGACCUGCUGGCCCCAAGGGCUCCAAGGGCGAACCCGGGAAAGGAGAAAUGGUGGACUACAACGGAAACAUCAACGAGGCUCUCCAGGAGAUCCGGACCCUGGCCUUGAUGGGGCCCCCUGGUCUUCCUGGGCAGAUUGGCCCACCCGGAGCUCCAGGGAUCCCAGGCCAGAAGGGGGAGAUUGGACUGCCCGGCCCUCCCGGACACGAUGGGGAAAAGGGACCUCGAGGCAAACCGGGAGAUGUGGGCCCUCCUGGUCCCCAAGGCCCCCCAGGAAAGGCUGGACCUGCAGGACUGAAGGGAGAAGACGGCCUUCCGGGGAACCCAGGAGAGAAGGGGGAGAAAGGGGAGAUGGGGCAGCCAGGCCCACCGGGUCUAGACGGCCCAACAGGGGAGAAAGGAGAACCAGGUGACCAAGGGAGAGCUGGAGUGACCGGAUUGCCUGGCCCAAUCGGGCUCCCAGGAUUCACGGGAGAGAAAGGAGAACCCGGGGAGAAGGGUGACCCAGGAGUGGAGGUUCCUGGGCCACCAGGGCCAGAGGGACCUCCCGGACCUCCGGGGCUCCAAGGCGUUCCUGGACCAAAGGGGGAAGCAGGACUAGAUGGAGGAAAAGGAGAAAAGGGCGUCCAGGGAGAAAAAGGAGACCGAGGUCCUCUGGGAUUACCCGGAGCUUCAGGUUUGGACGGCAGGCCUGGGCCACCGGGUACUCCAGGACCAAUUGGAGUUCCAGGCCCAGCGGGACCAAAGGGAGAGAGGGGCAGCAAAGGCGACCCUGGGAUGACAGGACCAACGGGAGCAGCUGGGCUUCCUGGUUUACACGGACCACCCGGGGACAAAGGAAACCGGGGACACCGAGGUUUUAAAGGAGAGAAAGGGGAGCCGGGGUUACCAGGGCUGGACGGACUGGAUGCCCCGUGCCCACUGGGUGAAGACGGCUUGCCAGUCCAGGGCUGCUGGAAUAAGUGAUGCCUCUAACCUGGGAUUGGCCUGUGUGUGUGUUUGUAAAUAGAAUAUUUAUUUUUAUACAGUUUUCACUUUUUGAAAAUGCCCGAAGUAUGAUGCAUCUUACAGAUUAUUAAAAAAAAAGGAAAGCCUGCAUAUUUUGUACAGAAAAUACCAACCUCUUCCCUUUUGUUUACAAGAUGUUUUGUAUACGUCUAAGACUCUAAUACACUUUUCGUUAGUGAGUACGGCUGUACGUUUGCAUGAUAUUUGUGCACACUUAUUAAGUAUUGAAGCUUAAUAAAUUAUUGUGUUCCAGUGCCAAAGGGGGCCAACCAGCACUCAGGUGCUGGCUAGUUUAAGUGUGACUUCAGAGAUACGUGGAGUUCCAUGGUGUUUGCUAAGCUAGGUGUGUCUCAGCAUAUUUUAAACUCUUAUGGAUUUUCAUUAUUAAAAAAAAUAAACAUGGCAAUUCUUGAUCCUGAUUCAUCACUAAAUUAAAUACAUUCUUUUCUUGUGAAAUCAGGAAGUCCCAGAAGCGGGGGUCCUCAGAAGUUUAAUGGUUUGAACCAUUAACUCCAACAGAGGGAGGGCCGGGACUAUAUUAAGCAACGUCUAUUAUAAUGUACCCCAAGUUCAUUACAGUGCCACAGGAUUGUGUAAAGUUCAGUUGUGCUGAAACCCUCGAAGCCCCCAGGGUUACAAAGGGCUACUUGCUACUGCUUUUGUGUUUUGGUGGUUUUUUGGUUUGUUUUUCUUUCUUUUGAGCUGCAAUCACUAGUAGCAGCUAUUGCUGAUGAUGGCCAUUCAUUUGCUAUAGAUUUGCAAGGUCUGCUCACAACUAGCAGUUGAAAAGUUUGCCUCACAGCCAUUACGCUCCAACAAAGAACGCUCAGAAAACAGGAAUCUGGGCAAGAUAUUGGCAAUCUGAAGCUGUUUUUAUUUUUUAAGAAGUAGAGUUUUACGGUUUUCUGUACUGUUCUUAGUAUGGUGCUUAUAAAGGUCUUGCUGCUUAUAAAUAAAAUAAACGUAUU